CCAUGUGUUCCUCUUAGCCACAGUAAGAGAUGGGGAACUGUCCCAGGUGCUGAACUGAAGUACAGUGUAAACUAGUCAUAGAGUCAUAGAGAAGCAGGGCUGGAAGGGACCUCCAGAGGUCAUCUAAUCCAACCUUCUGCCUGUGGCAGGAGCAUCCCUAUCCAAACUAUCCCAUGCAACCAUAAUCUAAACUCUACAUAAAAUUACUGUCAACCCUGAUACAACGUAGAGCUAGCACCCUAACCUGCCACAGGUAAAGAAGGGGAAGCAUGGCAGCCAGUGUCCUGCUUCUGUAAAAUGUUGAAUUCACUACCCUGUAGAUCAGAACUGUCCAUCUGACUGCCUGUGGCAAGUUAUGAUGCUUGGGCUUCUGCCCAGCCGUUGCUCCCCUGUUGCUCUGGCUGUAACAGAAGCUGCAGUCUUUAAGCUCCCCCUCGGGGGGUAUGUAUGCACAGAGCAGUUUUGGUGGGGGCAUCUACAUAGGUGCAGUGGUGGGUUGCCCAAGUGGUGUGUGGCCCAGAGACCAGUGUCUAACUUUGCUGCUGCCCCUACUGAUGCAGCCUUAGGGGCAUGUGGCCCCUGGGUGCUUAAAAUUUGGACAGCUCUGCUCUAGAUCUCUAGCACACAACAGAUUACAUACAUUUGUUACCAGCUUUGUGGUUUCAUUCAUAAAUCCCAUCAGGAGGGUGGGAAUCAAUAUCCUCUAGUUGUGUUGACCAACUGCAACUUCAAUGGUCAAUUUGCUCUACCACCUCCUCACCUAGACCUAUAGCCACUGGUGGCACAGCAUCUUUACAGCAAUCCAUGAUUAGCAUAGCACUAGGGUGGCGAUCUCAGCUGUACACUGUAAGGAGAACUGAUUUAGCUGCUCCACAAGGUCCUUAUCCUUUCUCAGCUCUCUGCUCAUCCAGCAGCUCAAUAGUCCAGAAUAAGCUGGUUUCCACAAUUUAUUGGUUCUGGCCUCUCUAUGAAGACUGCCUUCCUACUUGAGUGGUGGUCUCUGUCAUGAUAAAUACCUGCCCUCACAGGAACUGAACUAAAAGCACCAGCAUGUUUUUUAUGGGCUACUUAAUACAGUAGCUAUUCAGCUGGCCUGCCUGAAUAUUAAGGGCUAGUUCUCAUGAGCUGUGCUAGGCAAAAUACAACAGAAUGAAAGCUUGCCCCUCUCUCUGGGCCUAAAUUCCUGUACAGAGACAAGAGGCAGAGAUUACAUAGAAGUGGCCAUGCAGGGUGAUUUCAUGAGGCACGGUUGACUGACUCUGUGGCUGCUUUGUGCUGGUUGCUAGGCAGGGGGAGGCUAUAACAGGGCCAGUUUCUGGCCCUCAGAAGAAAACAUUUCAAUUCCAUUAUCAGGUCUCUGUGACAUCAGGACUUCUGGUCCAACACGUACUUCCUAAGAGUAACUGAAACUAAAAGGGAUCACUGGAGAGCAUUCCCUUCUGAAGAGAGGAACACUCAGCUGGUAUCAGAGAAAAUGCAGAAUGCCUAGCAGAAAUGCAGUACUGUAACCUGGGAUACAGGUUGUAGCCAUGCUGGUCUGAAGGCAAAAGCAAUCGGAACUCUUGGUAGAGGUGAUAUCCUUUAUUAGGCCAACUAGAUAGUUGCAAAAAAAAAUUCUUUACUUGGAAGCUUUUGGGCACACAUGCCCUUCUUGUCUAUUUAUACAGCUCCCAACACAGAGCACAAGUACCAACAUGCUUGCAUCAUUGGGAAAUCUCUAUUCCCAGUAUUAGAUUUUAAUUUACCUCUUGCCAGCAGUGGCUACUCCCACCUCUGUGGCCAUGCAACAAUUCUUUUACAGAAUUUGUAUGUAGCUGUAGCUGGAAUUCACCAGGCUGCAAUGCUCAUCCAGUUAACUUUUCCCACCUACAACAGAAAAAGUCGCAAGUAACUUGAAAUGAAAGUCAUGUGCCAACAGAAGAAGGUAAAAGGGGAAGUGAUAUGAAACAAACCAAAGUCCUAGUCCCCUUCCCAAUCCUUGAACAAAACAAGAAGAGGUGCUUCAAUUGCUAACUGAUAAAUUAACAAGGCAAAGCAAGUUAGAAGCAAAGACAUCUCUCACAACCUGUACAGGAACAACAAAAUAUAUAAUAGACAAUAUCACUAACACCUCAUUCAGGGAGAUGCACUUGUUUUUGUGAAUGACGGGUUAUAAAAGGCAAUGUUUGACCACUGGCAUUUUGCUGCAUGGCUGUUCCUCCAACUGUUUCAUGCACCCUAAGUGACCUUCUGCUUAAUGCUGGGUGUUUCCAGUUUAUAGUCCUUCCUCUCAGAUGUUUUGCUUCACCUUAGCACUAAAUGGGGACUUUUGAUUUAAGGAGGGACUUGAGUGAGAUUUCUUCAGCCCUGACCCAUUCUCAUUACUGCUCAGCAGCAUUUUCCCCCCUUCUUUCAGAAGGGCAAAAUAAAUCUCAUUGCAAAUUUUCUCAAACUCCAGAUUGUGAGGAACUACCUUCCUCUUCCAAAAAAAUAAUUUAUUAAAAAAAAAAAAAAAAGAAUUGGGACAUGUUGCAUGCAUCUUGGUGUUUCAAGUAGUUGUGAAUGUAGGAGCUGCCAUAGUUCUUCCCAUUCUUUGAGUGAAAUCUAAGGGAAAUCUAGGUGUCCUUUACUUUUAAGAUGCACUAAUUUUCCAGCCUUUCCCCUCCCUCUCACACCCGUCUUUGUUAGAUGCAAAGUAAUUCUCAGUCAAGAGCCAAAUUGUGAGCAAUGUUGGCAUACCCAGCUUGAGGUGAACCAGAUACUGAUUAUGUUUGUUUGGUAUCCAAAAAAGCUUGAAAUACUCCAGGAUUUGGACACUUUUAUUGCAGACAUAAAUUGGUUGCAAGAAUCUGGGAGCCUUGCUCUGUUGGGUUGGGGUUUUUUUUUGUUCCCAACACAAAUGGCUGUUCAUGUGGAAAACCUCGUUCCCAGCCUUUCAUAGAACAGGGUUAACUAAAGAUCUGCACACUUAAUGCUUCCAGACCCUGCUGCCUGCUGUGAAGCCUGGGUAGUAGGGGCUGGAGACCAUCAAUGGGGGCUGAAGGAAAUAUUUUCACCCCCUUCUAGGGAAAGGGGAUGGUUGUUUGUGAAAAUUCCUCAGUGGUUUUCCCAUUCUGUAGCAACAGGAUGGUAGCUUUUAUGAAGAAUGCUUGGACUUGUGUGUCUGUGAGUGAAAUGGUGCUUCUAGUCAGCCAUUGGUGCGUAACUGGAUCUGUUUGGGAGAUGUUCUCUUUGGGAACUGCCUUGCAGUUUUCUCACUGUUGAGGCUGUUUGGGAGAUUACUGAAUCUUUCUGUCUUUUUCUUUACCGCUUGCAAUUUCUUCAGUACCUGGGUUCAGUAACAUCCCUGGUGGCUGUGGAGAUGAUGAUAUGUCAUAAUGAGAGGGGAGAGAAAUGCUGUGGAUUAUAGCUUAUGGCAUUUCCUUCUUUUCCUCCUUCCUCUGAGAGAAUUUCUCUUUUCUUGCCCAGCCCCAUUCCCAGAAAGGAUUAAUUAUGAUAGUAUAUCUUAAACUUCUGGUUGCUGGACAGCCUUUAGGGGCAGUUGUUCCUCAAGGGGGAAGCAGUGCAAAUGAUUAGGUUCAUUCAGCAAAAACGGAUUGACGCAUAUGUUGGCCUUGACCCCAUAUGCUGCAUGUGCACACAGGCUGAACCCAGUGCUGCUCAUACUGCAUACAACACUGGGUCUGUCCACAAUGGGAAUGGGCUGUGCCAGAGCCAGCACAGCGGGCCAAUCUGGCAGGGCAUCAUUUAAGCCCUAUGUGCUGCAUGCAGCAUGUGCUGGGUCUGGGGCAUGGGCUUCCUGCAUGUGUUGCCCUGGACUGAUCCUCUGUACUGCUUGCAGUGCUGGGUCUGGGGCACAUGUGCACAGUGAGCCCCAGGGCUGGUGUGUACUACACACUGCAUGUGCGCUAGACCCAGUGCCGGGGGUGCUGCACAGGAAGUCCUUCCUGAUCCGCUCACAGACCUGCCCAGUGUCUAGGCUUGCAAGGCUAGAUGAGUUUGACAUCCCUGGCCUACAUGGAGGCAUCUUGUUCUCUUCCUUAGUACAGUGCUGCUGUUUUGCUGUAUCUUGCCAUGGAGAAACUGCCCCUGCCUCGGGCUCUGGCAAAAUCGGGGUUACACAGAGCCCCCAAGGGUGUGUUUGGGUGUCAGCCAUGCUCUGGAGCCCUGCCUCUCUGCAGGUAAAGGUCCUCUCUUUUGGUUCAGCAGGGGCUAUUCCAGCCUGAUGACGGCAAGGUCAUGCCUGGGUCUUUGGAGCAAAAAUCACUAGAAAUAAGGAGUUGGGUUCUCCUGGCCAGGAUAGAAUUUUUUUAGCUGCUGAAGGAAAGAGACUGGCAGGCCUCAUCCUUCCAAAGAUUAAGUGUGUACGCCCUGAAACCUCUUGGCAUGGUUUUUCCUCCACCCUUGCUAAAGGGCUGUCUGGACAAGGUCCCCCACCCUGGACUUUGUUGCCGUUAUAGGAGCCUCUUGGAUACAAUCUCUCUCUGUGGAGGAGUGGAAAGAGUACUGCUGUCUUCUGCAGGAAUUAAUCCUGUCCAAGUCAGCCUCAAUGUAUGCAGUCAGCAGCUUGCCCUGCAGUCUCGCAGUUACAGCUCCUGUGUCCUGCAUCUCGCGCAGCCAGAGCCCAAGUAACUUUUCCAUUCUCAGAGGGUAUCGUGGCCCCCAGCGUUUGGCUAAUGCCUAUAUAUGGACUGCACUGCUAGGCUUCCAGAGGGUACCACAAAAGGCCAAGUCUGCCCCCUUCCCACACAGUUGAUUGUAAUCUGCCCUAGACUCACUAAGACAGUGGUUCUCAACAUUUUUUGUACCAGGACCCAUUUGUAAACAUCAGUGACCAGUCCUGACCCAGUGCCUCUCACUCCCUACCUGUUGCCCCUAGGCCCCAGCUCCCCAGAGUUUGGGGCAGGGGUGGGGAGUGUGGGACAUGGGGGUCUCCAAGCAGCCCCUUGCAGGUUGGAACUUUGCCAGCCUGCAAGGGAAAAGCCAUAGUUUCCUGUGUUUUUCCCAUCCAUUUUUUAAGUUGAUGGGUCUAUUUUUAAAGUUUGUUUGUGACCCUUUCAUAUAUUCUCGCAACCUACUUUUGGGUCACGACCCAUGGGUUGAGAAACACUGCUCUAAGAGGCAGGAGGUUUCAGAACUGAGCAUGUGCAGAAUUUUCCCCAAAUCUUCAGCUCUCUUGUGCUUUCCAUGGGGCAGAGUGUUUGUUACAUCCAGAAGCAGAGGAGUUCCAGACCCCCUUCUCUUCCUACCCCCACACUUGUUACAUGUAGUUCUCAGACUUCCUUCCAGUCCCCUUGCUUUUGCUUCUUGAUUUAUUAUUUUCUGUAGCAUUUAAUUAUACAUUUCUUAUUUUUUAUACAGGAAACAUUGAAUAUUGAAACCAUGCCCAGUGUUUUCGGAUACAGUGGCCUAGUUCGUGGAGGGUCUGACAAUAGUGCAUAUUGCUGGGGUUCAGUGUGUCAGAAAAUCAGCCUGCUUGUUUGGAUGUCAAAUCCAGAUGUAGUCAUCAAAAAGAGCUGCUUGAAGUUUUUUGUAGGAUAGGGAGAUUUUUUGGGAGUAGGGAAUGGGCUUCUUUGAUGAAACUCUUACAGAAAAACUGCUAAGGUGAUUAGUUUUUCCUCUUGGUGGUAUUUUCUGUGAUUUUCUUUUAGACUGAAAUUUCACCAGAAUGGUUUUUGAAAUGGCUCUGUCAUUGAAAAUGCAGGUUUUGGAAAUCUUUCAAAAGUUUUCAGUCAUUUUGGUAAAAAGAAAAAAGACCCUCAAUGUUUGAUAAAUAGCCAUUUCGACAGCAACAUGGAGUCCACUUCAGAACUUUUCACAUUUGUGUUUCACUGCCCCUUGUAAUCUCUUCAGCAGAGAACGUGGACUUCAAGCAGUAGGAUUCUUUGAAAGCAGGGCUGUCCAAUACGUUUGGCCUCGGGUGGCCAGAUUCGGAUCAUGGGGCCUCUCAUGAGCCAGAUGACCCACCUCUAGUGGCAGACAGUGGCUUGUCAAUGCAUCUGCUGUAACUGCUGCAUUGGCAUGACUGUGGAACCAAGGUGGACAUUUUCCCCUCACCCCGCUCCCCCCUUUUCUCUUGUCACUGAUUUCAGUCACCAAUGGUGACUGAAGACCCCACAUUUGCCGGCAGACAGUAGGGUGCAGGAAUGAACAGUGACAGAGUUUACCCUGUGGGUUCCUGAUCCAUGCCAGCACAGUGGCUUUAGCAGAUGCUUUGACAAGCCCUAAGGGAUGCCAGUUGAGCAGCCCUGUUCUAAAGCAUGUUAAAGAUACUGGCCCAGGUUCUGAACUGGUGUAAAUGAUUUGAGUGAAUUUAAGUCAAGGGAGGCUUUAAAUUGAGGUGCUGGCUCUGACCCUCGUGUCUCCCCAUAGUGCAAGGUCUGAAGCCUAUGGGCUUUGUGAUGCUCCUCAACCUGGGUUCCCUGUCCAGUCAUUUUAAAGUCCAUGCUCUGCCUUUUGGCUCUGGAGGUUUGGGAGAGGGGGCAGACAGUUUGGGAAGAAUGUUUGUCCCCAUUUUGGGGAUAAUUCCCUAGUAUCAGCCACCAAUCUUAGUACCAGUAAAACACAUGAGAGAGACAACCACUGAUGAAGUUAGUGUUCUAGGAGUGGCGCUCAAAUAAAAGAUAUUCUGUGUGAUGGGAGUUUCAUACCUGUGAGGUCUGGAAUCAGUCCUGUGCAGAUAUCAUGGAGGGAAAUGCUGUGAUAGCUGUGAGGCUGGGCAAACAGUUUAAUACUGCUGCUUUUGGGAAUGACCUUGCAAAGCACAUAAGAGAGCAGAAAUAAUUCCAGGCAGUCAUUCUGAUCUGGCUAGGGGCUGCGCAGUCUCAUUAAACCAGAACAAAGUCAGUUUAGAAACAUUUCAGAAGUUAAGCUUGUGCUUGGUGCACAAAAGAUGUGACGGUGUGUGCCCUCAGAGCUGCAAGAGAAAGUUAAAGCCCUGGGGGCAGCCAAAAACAUCUAGUUAAUCGAGCUCUCUGAGAUAAAAAGCUAGCAGUAGGAAACGUUAGUUUCACUGACUGGGCAUUGCUUUCCAUAGUUCCCCUGUGGUCUGGUGGCUGUUUCCUCAGCAGGAAAUCUGCCUCUUCAAAGCCAGGUUGUCAAAAAAGCUCCUCAACCAGAAGUGCAUGGUUUUCUGUUGGUUGUGUGUGCAUGAUGGUGGGGAUUUUCCAUUGUUCCCAAGAAUAGCUGCUCAAAUGCAGGAUGCUGUUGAAUAUCUAGGUCCUUCUGUAGGUACUGAGCCUUUGUGAAAAUUCUGGCCUGUGCAAUAGGAAUAUUUGUUUUCUACUGGCUAAGUUUGCUAUUGGCUUUUGAUUUUUCAGAUAGUCAGAUGCCACUCUUAUGGCUUGUUUUGGAGUAUUGCUUGGUAGACCAUAUCUGGUGCUGUGAGCUAGCUUUGGAAAAGCCCUGCAUGGUUAAUGGUUUGUGCCCAAUUUCUAGCUCUCUUGAGGAUUAGUCUUGGUGAGGAAAGGUGUUUGCAUAAAUCCUAUGCAUCCUCUACUUGAGGGAGGCAGUAUCUGACUCAGGAUUUCCAUCAGCUACACAUCUAUGCCUUCAGCUGCUUUUCUGAGUCAGUUGGUGUUGCUUAGGCUUGCAGCUGCAGAGGAUGAUCAUGGCCAGAUAACCUAUUCUGCAGCUGUGUUUUAGGAUGUUUGUAAGCUUUGUUUGCCAUACCAAAACGAGGGUGAAUUCCAAGCCCCAUUAAGCUCCAUUGGGGUUUUGCCAAAUGACUCCAGCAGAGUCAAAGUUUUAUUCUUUAAUACUUGAAUGGUGUUCAGUCCUGGACUAAGCUUUUUCCUACAGAAGCCUGGGAAAGUACUGAAAGAGGGUAAAGAUCAUACCAGUCUCUUAGAGAUUCAGGAUAUAGGGAAGAAAGCUCUGAUAGAGUUUUGCUUAUUUAGUAACAUUCUCUUACUUAUUUUUGGGCUUAGUUUUAUCUUCACUUGAGGUGUUUGUUUAAUGGGAGGAUGGCGAGUUCCAAAUGGAAUGGCUGCAGUUGGACAGUAGGAUCUGGGAUAGAAAAAGAAUCCAAGUACAGUGUGUCUGGCUUUUUCAUCUCCUAGAAUAACACUAGGUUCAAGAGGCAAAGUCUUGGUACCUUGAGUAACCUAGGGUGUGGGGUCUCACCUCUGGAAUUAUUUUUCCUGCAAGGUGGGAGGGAAUCUGGGGGAUGUCCUUCUGGUCCAUCAUCUCAGCGCAUUGUACCGAGUCAUUGGAGCAGAUGCUGGAGCCUGUGCUGGUGCCACAGGAUCUGCAUGCAGGGUGUUAAUGUUUUCUCAUUCUUCUGCCUUACACUUUUGUCCCCAUUCACCCCUCUUAAAGGCUGGAUGUUUUCCCAUUCUUGAUUAAAAGAUUUGAUUUGAAUCAUUUCCCAGGAACUUUUCCAUAAGGACAUGGGAUUAUUUGAUCUGCUGUUGGUGGAGAGGCAUGAAUCAGGAGCUGCUACACAAGCUGCAGCUGUAUCCACAUUUCAGGCCAGACUCUUCCCAGUGUAAACCAGCAUAGCUCGCCUGACUUCAGUGGUAUUCAUUGAUAUUUACACCAACUGGGGAAUCUGGCUCGGCAAGUUUUGCUCCUCAUGCCUCCCUUACAUAUUGAUUUUGCUCAGGUCUCCCAAACUCUAGAGGGCAGUGACUCAAGAGGUAGGUUCUGUUUCUUGACUGAUUUCCAUUGCUCAUGAAAAUCAGAACCUAGCUGGCUCUACCCAGGUGCAGGGGAGGUUUCCCAUCUUCUCAGUCCUGCAGUAGCAUCUCCUGCUCCUCAUCAACCCUUUCUGUUCUAGUCCAAUGACUGCCAACCCAGUCUGCAAACCAACCUUAGCCCUCACCUGCCCCACCUCCUCUGGUUCCUACCUUGGGACUUUCCAAAAUUGGAAUGGUCGAUUAUAACUGUCUGCAUGGGCAUAUGUGAGCAACAUGCACCCCACCCUAAGAUCAGAGGGCCAACAGGCAUUGUUUGCUUGUAACCAAAGAUAAACUUAACACCAGGGCAUGUAGAGCAUGUUGGCUAGUGUAUUUCUUUACUAUAUCACACCAGCUGCUUCCUUUUUAUAUAUAUGAAGUAGGAAGGUUUAUGCAGAAUUAAAGUGGAGUCCAACAGUAGUGAGUAGAGUAGAAAAUGGACAUGUGUGUAUACCAGAUACUAAUUAAUGAGACCCUUAAUACCAAAUAUUCACUUUUCCUGGCUACUUUGUUUUCUGUGAGUUUUGUUUUCAACUUUGCUCUUCAGUGAGUUUUUUGCCUCUGUAUUCCUGAACAUGGAUCAGGACAAAUCUCCCACUUGGAUCAUAGACAGGCACAAAAAGGAAGACCAGCCCUUUUUGUGUUACUGCUGACUUAGUGAAGGGACAAUUGGAGGGACUGGAUGUGUUUAAGUCAGCAGGCCUGGAUGAGCUUCAUCCAAGGGUACUGAAGGAAUUGGCCAGUGUCAUAGCAGAGCCACUGGCAUGGCUAUUUGAGCACUCUUGGUGCUCAUGUCAGGUCCCAGAGGACUGGAAAAGGGCCAAUAUGGUCCCUAUUUUCAAGAAGGGGAGGAAGACCAGACGGGUAACUGUAGACUAGUUAGUCUCCCCUCUAUCCUCAGGAAAACCUUUGAAAAAAUUAUUAAGGAUCACAUUUGUGGGAGUCCAGUGGGAAAAACAGUGCUGAAGGGCAGCCAGCAUGGAUUCGUAGCAGGUAGAUUCUGCCUGACUAAACUUGUUUCAUUUUAUGACCAGGUCACAAAAUGCUUAGACAUAGGAAUUGAGGUAGAGGUCAUCUACUUAAAUUUUAAGAAGGCCUUUGAUAAGGUAUCUUAUCCUAUUUGCACAGAUAAACUGAGCAGCUGUGAUGUAGAUGAUUACAUGGUCAGGUGGGUGGCAAAUUGCCUUAGGGGGUCACACCCAGAGAGUGGUGGUGGAUGGGUCAGUAUUGACCUGGGAAGAUGUGGGCAGCGGAGUCCCGUGAAGCUCGGUCUUUGGACCUGUGCUGUUCAAUAUCUUCAUCAGUGACUUGGAUGAGGGUGUGGAGAGCACUCUCUCCAAAUUUGCAGAUGAUACCAAAUUAUGGGGUAAAGUUAACAAAGGUAUGGGGAGAAGUGGACACGCCGGAGGGCAGGGAACAGCUGCAGGCAGACCUGGAUAGGUUGCACAAGUGGGCAGAAAACAACAGGAUGCAGUUCAACAAGGAGAAAUGCAAAGUGCUGCACCUAAGGAGGAAAAAUGUCCAGCACACCUACAGCCUAGGGAAUGACCUGCUGGGUGGCACGGAAGUGGAAAGGGACCUUGGAGUCCUAGUGGACUCCAAGAUGAACAUGAGCCGGCAGUGUGACGAAGCCAUCAGAAAAGCCAAUGGCACUUUAUCGUGCAUCAGCAGAUGCAUGACGAAUAGGUCCAGGGAGGUGAUACUUCCCCUCUAUAGGGCACUGGUCAGACCGCAGUUGGAGUACUGCGUGCAAUUCUGGGCGCCACACUUCAGGAAGGAUGCGGGUAACCUGGAGAGGGUCCAGAGAAGGGCAACUCGUAUGGUCAAGGGCCUGCAGACCAAGCCCUACGAGGAGAGACUAGAGAAACUGGACCUUUUCAGCCUCCGCAAGAGAAGGUUGAGAGGCGACCUUGUGGCUGCCUAUAAAUUCAUCACGGGGGCACAGAAGGGAAUUGGUGAGGAUUUAUUCACCAAGGCGCCCCCGGGGGUUACAAGAAACAAUGGCCACAAGCUAGCAGAGAGCAGAUUUAGACUGGACAUUAGGAAGAACUUCUUCACAGUUCGAGUGGCCAAGGUCUGGAACGGGCUCCCAAGGGAGGUGGUGCUCUCCCCUACCCUGGGGGUCUUCAAGAGGAGGUUAGACGAGUAUCUAGCUGGGGUCAUCUAGACCCAGCACUCUUUCCUGCUUAUGCAGGGGGUCGGACUUGAUGAUCUAUUGAGGUCCCUUCCGACCCUAACAUCUAUGAAUCUAUGAAUCUAUGCUAGAGGGUAGGGAACAAAUCCAGGUGGAUCUGGACAGGAUGGAAAAGUGGGCAGAACAGAAUAGGAUGCAGUUCAAUAAGGACAAGUGCAGCACAUUUACAGGCUGGGGGAUGACCUCAGCAGCACAGCAGUGGAAAGGGAUCUUGGAAUCAUUGUUGACACCAAGAUGAACAUGAGUUGUCGAUGUGACGAAGUGAUCAGUAAAGCUAACUGCACUUCAUCAUGCAUUAGCAGGCGCAUGACAAACAGGUCUAGGGAGGUGAUACUUCCCCUUUAUGUGGCCGGUCAGGCCGCAGUUGGAGUACUGCGUCCAGUUUUGGGCACAACACUUCAAGAGGGAUGUGGACAACCUUGAGAGGGUUCAGAGGAAGGCCACUUGUAUGGUUAGGGGCCUGCAAGUAAAGCCCUAGGAGGAGAGAUUGAGGGCUCUGGAUCUCUUCAGCCUCUGUAAGAGAAGGCUGCGGUGAUCUUGUGGCUGCCUAUAAAAUCGGGGGGUGGGGGGCAGCAAGAAAUAAGAGAUUCUCUGUUUACCAGGGCACCCCUUGGAGUAACUAGGAACAAUGGUCGCAAACUGACGGAGAGCCUUUUUACAGUGAGGGUUACCAGAAUCUGGAAUGGGCUUCCAAGGGAGGUGGGGCUCUCCCCUACACUGGGGGUCUUUAAGAGGAGGUGGACAUGCACCUGGAUGGACUAGUCUGACCCCAGCAUUCUUUCCUGCCUAGGGCAAGGGGUUGGACUCUGCUAAGGUCACUUCAGACCCAAACAUCUAUGAAUCUGUGAAACUGAAGAUCUUAAAAUGCUCGUCAAGUGCAUUGAGCUGGAAGCUCUAAAUAGAGUGAAUGUAGGAUACCUUAUGAAAAUAAUUUUCCCCUCUACCUACUCAGUUUUUAAGAAGCUACUACAGUGGUCACUGCCAGUUAGAAAGAAAGCUGUAAUGGCAUUUACAGGUUAAUAAGGAAACUUUUCUUUUUUAAAUGUCAAUUUGUACAUAAAGGGUCAAACGUGGGACUGUGUAUAUCUGUAGCAAGUUGGCCCUGAAAUUCACCUGCUGUAUAACCUUCCGUCCAGCAUGUUAAUUCAUAGCUCAUGGAGCUAGUGAGGAAGGAUCUGUUCCAGGGAGGCUUUCCCUCAAGGGAAUGAUGGCAAAUGACAACUUUUGUCCUGAUGCUAACUGUGGAAAAUAGGGCCUUUCCUGUGAGGGAGUGUUGAAAAGUUCAUGAAAGUCCUGAGCUACUUUGCUUUAGGCUGAACAAAAACUUCACAGAGAAGUAGAGUUACAAGAUUCCACUUGUGAGGAAACUGAAGCGAUAAUGCAUGGCUGAGUGGGGGAAUCAUACCUGACCCUGGUGUAUUUUAAGGAUGGAGGGUCUGUGAUGACCACACUUCAUGAUGUCCUUUUAAUAAGUCAGAGGCUAUGUCAUGUUCCUGCAUAAUUAUAUCUUCCCCAUGUAGGCAUCUAACUCUUUUAGAGAAUAGCUAAGUGGUGAAAAGACAGACCUAGGUUCUCUUUCCAAUUCUGCCGCUUAUUCAUUGCAUCACUUGGGCAACUCUCUUACCAUAUUUACAUGUAUAAAACAUGUACAUUUUCCCCAUAAGAAUAGCUUUCUAAUAUUAGGGUACAUGUUUUAAGUGAAGAAGCUGAUUUCUGUCCUGGAAUGGAGGCAUAGGGACAUUGGAAUGACUGCCAGGAGCUGCAUCCCACUAGCUGCAUGGAGGAGAUGCAGAGUUUGCUGUUCAGCCAAAACGUAGAGAUUUAACCGUAUCACAAGCAGUGCCAAAUUGGCAGCAGCUUUUGGCUGAGCAGCCGGAAGCUGCUGCUCAUUUGGCAGUGGCUGUUAUGGGGUUAAACCUUUAGCUUCUGAUGAAUAGACUUGCCCUUGUUCCAAUUGGCUAGAAUUCAGUUGCCUGGAAAAAAAAAUUGUCUCCAUUCUGCCUUCCCAAAAGAAGGCUUAUACUUAUUUUGGGUGGGGGGGGAGUAAGAAAAUAUGGUAACUUUAUUUUUCAUGUGAAAUAAGGUGCUAGUUCUCCAAAGCAGGGGAGUUUUUGAGAUUGAAUUAAUCUCUAAAGCACUUUGAGUUCUGUAGAUAGAAGGCACUAUGCAAGUACCAAGCAUCAACACAAUGAAUACCUAUUUUAUUGAUACAUUCAUGCAUAUUUCUCUAGGCGUUUCUGUCUCCCUAGCUUUGGAUUUCCUAUGGCACCAUUGAAUUCAAGCUCUCUACAAUAAAAUGUGAAGCAAACAAGAACAUGUUGCAGGGGAGGCCCUUCAGCUCUGAAGGUAUCCAGAGCUAUGACAACAGACAGCUGUGCCUGUCGCUGAGUUCCACUGGCAGCAUGAAAUUACCACCCUGAAAGCAGCUCUUGAAGCAGUGCCAGCUGCCCAGAAGCAGGAAGCACCAUGAGCCUCACAAGAGAGCCUGUUCUUACUUGCUGUCUAGGCAAAUUGAUGUUGAGCCUGGAGUGAGAAUUUAAAACCAUUGCCAUUGAAAGCCACAUGCCUGCCUGAGACCAUUUAGAGCUGUGCUGUGGCAACUGUGCAUUGAAACCCUGCCGCCUGCCGCACACCCUUUAUGCCAAGGGUGUCAAACUCGUUGGGCCUCAUAGGCCAGAUCCAGAUCAUAAAGUGUCCUGCCAGCCAGAUAACCUGUGAGUGAUAGUGGUGGCAUUAAUCUCCUCACUGUUUUGGUGUGCCUCUGCUGCUUGCCCCUUCUUUUCCCCUGCUGCUGAUUUUAGUCACCAGGGAUGACUAAAAACCCCAACUGUGGCAGCACGCAAGGACUAGGGAGUAAGGGAGGCAAACAGUGUUAACUCCUGAGUUCUGAAGCUGUGGUGAAACAGCAAGGAUUAAUGCCACCACCACAAGGACUCUGGCAGCUCGUGGCAUUGAGUCCUAUAGGCCAUAUCUGGCCCACAGAGAUGUGUUGUCCAUCCCAUGAGAACCCUGAGGCCAGAUGAUGGAGUCUGCAGGCUGGAUCUAGUCCACAGGCUGUAUGUUUGACACCCCUGUUAUACUAUGGUUACCCUAGAGGAGUUUUCAUAAACAAUGUGCAUGUGUGUGUGCACACAUGUUCUGUAAUGCCUGUGUGUGUGCGUGCACGCGUCACACCCAAUGUAACACUGUUUUAGGAGUGGACUCACUGGGGGCGCAGGGAGCCUUCCUGCAACCAGAAUGGCAAUCAAAGCCACUCAAGGAGACUGUCCCAUGUAUGUGCAAGCUGUUUUAUGUACUUAUUUAUUUAUUGUACUUAUUUAUUGUAUUUAUUUAUUUAUUUAUUUGCAUUUUAUUUAAUGUUAUGUUUAUAAAAUGGAGGCCAUAGCAAACGCCUGUAGCCACUCUAAAUGGGCUUUUUUUUCUUUUCUUUUUUUGUGGGGGAGGUCCUCUUAAAAGGCCUGUUUGGGCUGCAUCAAGAGACUUGCACAGAGAGAAGUUUAAUUCCUGUACAUUGCUUGUUGUCGUAAGUUUGUAACCUACCUCCCAUAUUUCCUUCACAACAUCAUUUGAGGAGAAACGAACAAAAAAAAAAAAGAGUAGAUAUGCCAGUAUAAAUUGAUAUCGUCCUCCUCCUCCUUUGACCUCUUCUUUUUCUAGCAUGCUGAAAUUCCCUCCCCCUACACAUCACUUCCUUCCUCCCCUGACUAUUCUCAUCCUGUUCUCCAUGUCCUCCUAUUUGUUUAUCAGCCUGAUCUUCUUUUUUUAUUCUUCCUUGACUCACGCUGUAUUGGAUGUUGCCAAUUUCUGGAGAUGAUGUUAAAAGCAAGAGUGUGUGGGUGUCACUAUGGAGAGAAAAGGAAAGGGGUGGGGGGAAGAACUGGGUAUUUCUGCUGCCGCACAGGAAAGAUCAGAAGGAAGAGGAGAUGAAAGCUGGUUUUGCAGAGUGCCUUAAAAAAUGACUUUCACAACUAGGGGGUUCUGAUUCUUCUGUCCUUGGAUGUUGUUGAAAACUCAAACAAAUGUUGCAUUUCACUUCUCUGGGAUUAAAACAAAAACUGAGUAUGUA